AUGGGACAUCCUACAGCUGUGGAUGAUGACAAUGACUAUGGGAACGACAAAUCUCUGACUGGAAUUGUUCUUCUGGUGAUCUUGAUUUCAGUCUGCAGCACCUCCAUGGUGGAUAUUUCCUGGAAACCGUGCUCUUGCAGCGCCAAACAUGCAAGGUGUUUCGCCCGCGUGCGGCAUGGGGCGUCGUCGUCGGGGUGGCCCGCGCAUGCGUCGGCCCCGCCCCCGCCCGAGGCUGCGCUCGCGCCGACAACUCGUACUAUUAUCAACAUACCACCUAUAAACCCAAUAGUGGACAAGAUAAAGAAAUAUACGGAGAGGUGCCUGCGUUCGAGGGUCCAGAUAACACCAUUAACGCCGGGGAGGCUGGCGAGCAAAACAAUAGAAAGGGACGCUAAUACUCGUUCAUUUCCGAAAAAUGUUAAAAAUAAUUUAUUGUGUAUUGUAAACUCAACUCUACUGAAGGGAGGACAAGGUUCAGAGUUGAAAGCGGUUGUAAAUGACAUAAGUCACGAAGUAGUUAAAGAAAACGAUGAUACAAUUGGAGGAGCAAAAGGGACAAUACACGAUGGUAUUGAUAGCGAAAUGAGUGGAGACGGCAUGCUGCGGCAGCGCUCUGUCAGCACCGCUCAUGGACAUCCGCAACAACGGAGAAGUUACGAGUGCAUUGCCCACCUUUUAAGGAUUUGGGUUUUGGAGAAUAAAGGAUUGAGGGAGGGGAAGGAUUGGGCCUUCGAUAAUCCGAGUGUGAGUGAUCACACGGCGAAACACAACGCUGUGGUUGUUUCACGCCGGUUUUCUGUGAGGACGUGGUCUUACUCCCGUCGAGCCGACCCAUUCGGGCCGAAGCUUGGCUCUCCCACUUGA